UCCUUCAGAAUGACGCUGGACGUGGGGCCAGAGGAUGAGCUGCCGGACUGGGCCGCGGCCAAGGAAUUUUACCAAAAGUAUGAUCCUAAGGACAUCAUUGGCCGAGGGGUGAGCUCUGUGGUCCGCCGUUGUAUUCACCGCAACACCGGCACUGAGUUUGCAGUGAAGAUCAUGGAGGUGACAGCAGAGAAGCUGAGUCCCGAGCAGCUGGAGGAGGUGCGAGAAGCCACGCGGCGAGAGACGCACAUCCUGCGCCAGGUCGCCGGCCACCCCCACAUCAUCACUCUCAUCGAUUCCUACGAGUCUUCUAGCUUCAUGUUCCUGGUGUUUGACUUGAUGCGGAAAGGAGAGCUGUUUGACUACCUCACAGAGAAGGUGACCCUCUCAGAGAAGGAAACCAGGUCCAUCAUGAGAGCUCUGCUGGAAGCUGUGAGCUUUCUUCACGCCAACAACAUCGUGCACCGAGACCUGAAGCCUGAGAACAUCCUCCUAGAUGACAAUAUGCAGAUCCGACUUUCUGAUUUUGGAUUCUCCUGCCACUUGGAACCUGAUGAGAAACUUCGAGACUUGUGUGGGACUCCAGGGUAUCUCGCACCAGAGAUCCUCAGAUGCUCCAUGGAUGAGACCCACCCCGGCUACGGCAAGGAGGUGGACCUCUGGGCCUGCGGGGUGAUCUUAUUCACGCUCCUGGCUGGCUCACCGCCGUUCUGGCACCGGCGGCAAAUUCUGAUGCUGCGCAUGAUCAUGGAGGGUCAGUACCAGUUUAGUUCACCCGAGUGGGAUGACCGUUCCAACACCGUUAAAGACCUGGUCACAAAGCUGUUGCAGGUGGACCCCGAGGCCCGCCUGACGGCUGAGCAAGCCCUCCAGCACCCCUUCUUUGAGUGUUGUGAAGGCAGCCAACCCUGGAACCUCACCCCCCGCCAGCGGUUCCGGGUGGCAGUGUGGACAGUGCUGGCUGCAGGACGAGUGGCCUUAAGCAUCCAACGGGCACGGCCGCUGACCAAGAACACGCUCUUGCGGGAUCCUUAUGCACUGCGCCCGGUGAGGCGCCUCAUCGACAGCUGUGCCUUCCGGCUGUACGGGCACUGGGUGAAGAGGGGCGAGCAGCAGAACCGGGCAGCUCUCUUCCAGCACCGGCCCUUAGGGCCUUUUCCCAUCACGGGCCCUGAAGAGGAAGGGGACUCAAAUGCCAUUCCUGAGUAAGAAGCUAUGCUGGUGCUGGGCUAG